AUACUGGUCUAUGGACAAGAUCCCUGUGAAGGGAGAAAAAAAGUGGAAGAGUGGAGGAGGGAAGAGCAAAGGGCGAGCUAGGGACAGAGGGGACGAAGCAGGACGGGCCACCAUGUGUUCCUGUAGCCUCUACCCCCAACCCCAUCCUUACCCACACCCACACAGCCGCUCACACACCUCACACUCCAAGAGAGGAACCACGGCGCUUUCCCAUAGCCAGGAAGAGCUUCUCCCCCACUGCCACAGCUUCAGCGGAGUUUUUCGCCCAAAGCCUCUGCCCCCCAAACCAGAUCCCAGCCAGGCCAAAUCAGGCAGCCAAUCUAACCUCAGCCUCAGCACACAACCCACAGACCAUCCACCACAGCCCUCACCGUCGCCACCCCAGCAGCCGUCCAUGUCUCCCACCUCCCUCCCGAUGCCCAUCCCACCUCCGCCCUCCUCAUCCUCCGUCUCACCACCAGCAGGGGUAGGGAUGGCAGGCCAGGGCCAAGCUCAGGCUUCGGCCAGUGCCAAACUCCAGUAUCAGAGACUGCGCUCAGUGCCACAGCCACGGAGGUUCUACUCCCCCCACCUGCCACUCAAAGCCAAGAGCCUGUGCUCGCGCCGAGGGUCGGCCCACUUCUCCAGCUUGGAGAGCGAAGUAUGACAGGGGGAGAAGAGAGAGGGAGACGUGGGAGCGAGCACCACUGCUUUUGAGAACCAUGGCGCCAUGGCAGCUGGACCCAGGGAUGACACCAGAGAUACGGCUGCCUUGGUGACCAUAGGUAAUCAAUUAGCGACCAUCACUGCGGGAACUAAUAUGGACAGUAGUUCUACUGCGAACACUACUCUGUGUGAGACCAACACCGCCACCUGCUCCAUUGUACGCGUUCUAGUGAAGGCAACAGUGAGACGCCACACCAGGGUGAGCUACAUCCGUUUGGAUGGUUCCCAUGAUGAUGAGAGUGAAGGCGAGCCUGCAUCACUGGGGACUGCAGCUCCUGAACUUCUUCUCCGCUCAGAAAUGAGCUUUGUGAUGUCAUCUUCGGUUCUCCUCCCCUCCCCGAGUCACAACAGUGGAUAAGAGUAGUCUCCAACCUGUGUGACACCUUAGCCUUUCUUUUGAAGUGAGCCAAACGAAGAGAAGAGAGGGGGAGAGGAAGACAAUAAAGCUGUCCUUUAGUCGAGCCUUUCCUCCAAAAUCACCACCAAUUCAGGCAUUAUGUCCACCCCGGUCUCCCCUUCCCCCCCCCCCCCCCCCUUGACACUGGCCUCCCCUACAUCGGCAACCUCCCCUGGAGCCUCCCCUCUGCCCUCGCCCCUCUCCCCCCCACCCAGGGUACCCGUGUUCCAGAGGAAGGGAGCGCUCAAACACAAGAGGAUUGUCGAAGUGAAAGACCAUCAGUUCACAGCCCGCUUCUUCAAACAGCCCACCUUCUGCAGCCACUGCACCGACUUCAUCUGGGGAAUCGGCAAACAGGGAUUCCAAUGUCAAGUUUGCAGUUUCGUGGUCCACAAAAGAUGUCACGAGUUUGUGACCUUCACCUGUCCUGGCUCUGUGGCCGGCCCGAAACCAGAUGACCUGAAGAGUCGACACACAUUUAAGCUCCAGACGUACUCCAGUCCCACCUUCUGCGACCACUGUGGCUCGUUGCUGUACGGCCUCAUACACCAGGGCAUGAAAUGUACCUGUUGUGACAUGAACGUCCAUCGACGGUGCGAGACCAGUGUUCCCAGUCUCUGUGGCCAAGACCACACAGAGAAGAGAGGGAGGAUCCACCUUACUAUCAGAGGAGAGAAGGAGGAUGUGUUUGUCACAGUGCGGGAGGCUCGUAACCUGAUGCCUAUGGAUCCAAAUGGCCUGUCAGACCCGUAUGUUAAACUCAAAUUGAUUCCAGACCCAAAGAGCCACAGCAAGCAGAAGACCAAGACCAUCCGCUCAACACUCAAUCCCGUCUGGAAUGAGAGUUUCACCUUCUCAGUGCGUGGUCACCAGUGGGACAGGAGACUGUCUGUGGAGGUCUGGGACUGGGACCGCACGUCUAGGAAUGAUUUCAUGGGAGCGUUGUCAUUCGGAGUGAGUGAGAUCUUCAGGCGCCCUAUCAGCGGCUGGUUCAAACUGCUGGCCCAAGACGAGGGAGAAUACUACAACAUUCCCGUGCCAGACCCAGAUCUGCAGGAGCCUCAGCCAGACGCUCCAACACCCUCUCUGCCUCAAGCAAUACCUGUCCCGCUGUCUGAAGUGUUCCCUGCGGCCCUGUCCUCAAACCCUGUGCCGUCCUGUCCACCUGUCCACACCCCAGGCCCUGCCAAAGUCAAAGUGGGCCUCCAUGACUUCAACUUUAUCAUGGUGCUGGGCAAAGGCAGCUUUGGCAAGGUGCUGCUGGCAGAGGAGCGAGGCAGUGAGCGUCUGUUUGCUGUGAAAGUGUUGAAGAAAGACGUUCUUUUCCAGGACGAGGACACAGAGAGCGCCCUGGUAGAGAGGAGGGUUCUGGCGCUUUCCUCUCGCCCUCACUUCCUCACAUCGCUCUACUGUGCCUUCCAGACUGAGGACCGCCUGUAUUACGUGAUGGAAUAUGUCAACGGAGGAGACCUGAUGUUUCACAUUCAGAUAGUUGGCAAGUUCAAAGAGCCUCAUGCAGCGUUUUAUGCAGCGGAGAUAGCGAUCGGCCUCUUCUUCCUCCACAGCAAAGGCAUCAUAUACAGGGAUCUAAAGCUGGAUAAUGUGCUGCUUGACAGCGAGGGCCACAUAAAGAUAGCUGACUUUGGGAUGUGCAGGGAGGGCAUGUUCGAGGGCGACACCACGCGCACCUUCUGUGGAACCCCCGACUACAUCGCCCCUGAGAUUGUGGCAUAUCAGCCCUAUGAUAAAGCAGUAGACUGGUGGUCCUAUGGAGUACUGCUGUAUGAAAUGCUUGCAGGACAGCCACCAUUUGAUGGUAUUGACGAGGAGGAGCUGUUUCAGUCCAUCAUGGAGCAGAGUGUCUCAUACCCAAAAAGUCUCUCUCGUGAAGCUGUUGCUAUCUGCAAGGGAUUCCUGACGAAGCACCCGGCCAAGCGUCUGGGUGGAGGAGAGGAUGCAGAAAGAGAGAUCAGGGAGCAUCCGUUCUUCCGCUGGCUUGAUUGGGACCGUCUGGAGAGACUGGAGAUCCAGGCGCCCUUCAAACCCAGAACUGGUGGGAAAAAAGGUGAAAAUUUCGACAAGUUCUUCACAGCGGCUCCAUCAGCGCUCACUCCCUCUGACCCGGAUAUACUAGCGGCUAUGAACCAGGAAGACUUCCUGGGCUUCUCCUUCCUAAACCCAGACUUUGCCCCCUCGCCUCUGACUGCUGUUUGAAAAUGACUUCCAAACCUGCUCCAAACAGUGCACCCAAAUUAGCCUCCUUAAUAGUUGUUUUAUAACAAAGAAUUUGAACAUGAGAACUAGCAGUAUUAAAGACACCUCUCAUAAUCAAAUUCUGACGUUUACAUGAAAAUGCCAAGACACCUUUAUAUUCAUGCACUCUCUUUGAUGUAUGUACUUUAUCUUGAUAGUCACAGAAUAUGUUGCAGCGAUACAAACAAAGCCGGUAUUCUACUGUAGAUUUCCAUCUUAGAGUUUUUUGUAAGACAUUCCGUAACUUGACAUAAGAGUAAUGAACCAGAUAAAUGAAUCUCUUUGCAUGCAAUGUUUUUAGAAUGAAUUGCUUUGACACACUAGCUUAGAUUAUCCAAGAAAAUAUACCUGGAUAACUUUACAAUCAGUUUAUUUAAAACUUUUUCCAUUACUUUGAUUAGAAUCUUCUUGUGUUGUGAGAAGUGGUAUCUUACGAAACAAUUACAUUUCCAAGUCAGGGUUUUUUUCAUAGAGCUAUACAGGCCACAUAGACAAAGAAGUCUCUUUGACAUUUUGCAGUUCAUACAGAUGAAUAAAAAUGUUUCUUGCAGAUAUAUUCCAGUGGAACAUUGCGUUUAUACACAGUAAAGUAAUUCAGCAUCAGAAGCACUGUAAUGUGUCUUUCUAAAUAUUUAUCUCACUCUGAGUGUGUGACUAUGACGCAAACAGUGCCAGUAGCCUUUUUUUCUAUUAGACUGGAAUCCUGUGGAAGAGGCUAGACCUCUCAGUGUAACGUCACGCAAGUGACCUCAGAUGACCCACGGAGAUGCUGAAACAAUGCAGCGGGCGCAGUUAAUGUGACAGUUAAUGUAGGUUACAGUGCUGCCCUGCAGCUCAUGCCCACUCUGCCUGAUUCUAUUAUCACUGGUAGGAAGUCCUCACAUUACUGCCGCAGUUUAGGCUGCAUCAUUUCUUUUUAUUCACACGUGAUUCUUUUCUCUUUAAUUCUUGGACAAGCUGACAAGGAAUUAGGCCUAACCACAAAAUACAGUAUACUGCUCCUUAAUGACCUCCUACAACUGCAAUGAAAUAUGCUUUUGUAGUCUUAUAAAAUAUGCCUUUUAAUGAUGUUUUCUCCAGCUGAAGCGAAAAGCUUAUACAGGGACACGUACUUAUUAUUAUUUUUGUGGUGUAUACCAUAAAGCUUAUUGCUGUGUAAUGACGCAAUCACAGCAUUGAUUAGGCGUAAUUAAAAGUGAGGCUCACUGAGACUGUUCAAUACAUGGAAAGAUAAUAGCAGAGCUGUCAUUAAACAUUAUCUGAGCAGGGUAGGUGGCUGCAAACAUACAGUUUAAUAAUCACAUUUCAGUGUUCUUAUCUCAUAAACCAGCUGGUUCACACAGGAAGCAGUUUGAUUUUUGCUUAAAACAUCUUUAUGAUUUUUUAUGUUUAUAAUCUGUGUCAGCAAAAUGAUAAUUGUUACCAUUUCUCAUCCAGAGGAGCAAAAUCGUGCAGAUUUGCUUUAACUGCGUGUGUAGUAGUGUGUGUAAUAGUGGCCAACUGUGAAAGGUCAGAGCAGUUCAUCUUAUUGCCUUUGCUCAGUUUGAGUGAAAGUCAAAUGUCACAAUACACAGUUCUUCAACACCAUAGCUGAUACAAUCAAUAACAGAUAAUACAAUAGAUGAUUUAUGUAUCUGUUGAGUUAACAUCUGUUUUCAUGUGCUGGAAAAAGAACAUCCAAAUAAACUUACUGAA